UGCGACGACUGGUACUUGGACGGAACCUUCAAGCCAUCGAAUGUGACACGGAGAACCUUCAACUACGCCAUGAAGAUACGUGCUUCCAUGACGUAUGGUUUUGGGCGCUUUGGUCGACGUGGUACGUUGGUCUGGGAUCAAUCCCGGUCGCGUAAUGGGAGAUGGCGAGGAAAUCCUUCAAUCUCAUAUCAAGUAAGCUCGUAUAUGGCAUCGCUGAAGAGGCGAAAAGUUCAGAACGGUGAAACGCCCACAAGCGCUCGUGCCAUUACGCCGGAGAUCAUGGCGCAGCUUUACGAAGUCAAUAAUCUCUCUGCUCAGGCUGAAAUCCUGGAGAUCGAUCGACGCUCGGGGAAGAAGAAGUCCCAUGAUCAGUGGGGCGGGGGACGACUACGGCGCUGUCUUCACUGCAUGUAUACGUUUGCCUUUUCCUGCCUCCUUCGUUUCGAUGAAGUCCUAAACAUCAAAGCCCAUGAUGUUAUCCCCGAUCCCAAGCAUAAGCGUCUCAUUUUGCGACUUUCACAGCGAAAGAAUGCGCAGUUUGGGGACCUCGAACCCUUCUACUUAUAUAUCUACCCUGAAGAGGACGCCCAUCUAUGUCCAUAUCGCGCUUAUGCCGAAUGGGUCCACGUAUCCGGGAUAACAAAAGGGUAUCUCUUUCGUAAUUUCAGGUCUCAUGAUAGAAUAUGUCGGACGAAUACAAAAAUGCCCUCGCGCAGUUUCUUGGGGUAUUUUCGUCACAAUCUUCUCGACGUCAAGCGAGACCCUGUACCGUAUGGGACGCAUUCGUUCCGACGCGGAGGAACUCAGUGGCUGCACUGUGACAAACGGUGGGGUAUUCGGAAAAUCUGUGAGUGGGGUGGUUGGGCAACGACUCUCCCACCUACGAUUGUCUUGCGAUAUCUCAUUUCGUACGUCGAUGACCCGAGGGAGCGUAGGGAGGACUUCAUGGACUUUCGUCGUAAGCCUACUGUAGUUUGUCCUAACUGCGGGCGUAGUUGCCAUUGCUCGUGGUAA